AAAGCAGAGGACCAAAAACAGGGAUUUUCGAGGCUUUUUUUUUUUUUGUAUUGGUUUUGGGAUACGAGGCUAAUUUAGGUACAUCACCGGAAAAAUCAACCCCAGGUGGACUCACCGUCAAUUCCACUUAAAACCAUGGCGUUUUCCGUCAAUUCCCAUUCCAUCAGAAUAAUAACAGUACGGUACACCUACCAAGCCGGCAGCCUCCUCACGCCGGUGACGUAUCCCCCAAUCACGUCCCUCCACGUCACCUCUCCCCUCCACGUGUCCCACCUUCCUACCUCCUUCACCGACGCCGUCACCUCUCCGUUUGCCUUCCGAAUAAAAACGCCAGAAAAUUAAAAAAAAUUACAUCGAGAACUUCUCCCCUCUUUGUCCUAGAUAUAUUUCCGGUCAACCAAAACCCUAGCUCGUUUUUUUUUUUAAUUUUGUCCCAUCGUCGAAAUUUCUCAGAUCUAGAUGGAGGAUGAGGAUGAGAUCCAGUCGCACCGGUCGGAGGAGCACUCCGGAUCUCCGUCACAACCGUCUCCGCCGUCGAACGGUCGAAUUUCGGUGACUGUUGCUUCCGCGCCGCCGUCCGUGUCACCGCCGAAGCAGAACCUGAACGCGCUUGCUCUGGCGGUUCCACAGUCGCAGCAGCCGGUUUCGAAGAACAACGGUGGCGGCGGCGGUGGGCGAGAGGACUGCUGGAGCGAGGGUGCUACGGAGAUCUUGAUCGACGCGUGGGGUGAGAGGUACCUGGAAUUGAGCAGGGGAAAUCUGAAGCAAAAACACUGGAAGGAAGUUGCCGAUAUCGUUAGCAGCAGAGACGACUACUCGAAAACCCCGAAAACUGACAUACAGUGCAAGAAUCGAAUCGAUACGGUUAAGAAGAAGUAUAAGUUGGAAAAGGGGAAGAUGGCAGAUGGAGCUCCACCUAGUAGGUGGAUUUUCUUUCAUAAGUUGGAUCAGCUAAUUGGGCCGACGGCCAAGGUUGCCGUCAAUGUAUCACCGGCCAGUGGUGGUGGUGGUGGUGGAGGUGGAGGUGGGUCUAAAGUACCAAUUGGAAUUCCAGUGGGUAUUCGCUCUUCAAUAAAUCAUUAUCGGUCAAGUCCAAUUCCGGAACCUAGACAACAACAGCAACAGAACAAGAGGAUGGUUAUGUUAAAGAAUAAGAAUCAGACCCAGAACCAGAAAGUGCAGACCAGGAAGCGGGGGCGGGCAGAGACAGAAUCGGAGGAGGAAGAGGAGGAUGAGCUUUCAGCUGAGUCAAUGGAUAGUUUACCGCCUCCACCAGAGAAGAGGGCAAAGAAGGUGCAGAAGGAGGUAAAUUCAGAGGGAAAGGAGAAGAAAUGGGGAAACUCAGUGAGGGAAUUAACGCAGGCAAUACUGAAGUUCGGGGAGGCAUAUGAACAGGCAGAGAGUGCAAAGCUGCAGCAGCUGGUGGAGAUGGAGAAACAGAGGAUGAAGUUUGCCAAGGAGCUGGAGCUGCAGAGAAUGCAAUUUUUCAUGAAAACCCAGUUGGAGAUCUCACAACUGAAGCAUGGCAGAAGAGGUGGAAAUGGAAAUAGCAGUAAUCAUCACAGUAACAUGAACAAGCAUAACCAUAGUGAUUGUAGUAAUUAGGUUCAGUAGGAUGGAUUAGGGUUUUAGAUUAGGAUUAUGUGUUAAUGGGUGAAGACCCAAAUUUGGUUUGGAAUUAGUAGUUCUUUUGUGUAUUUUGAUGCUUCCUAGUGUUUGUUCCCUGUUGUCCUUAAAUAUCACAAUUUAACUUGUUUGGAUGAUGGUAAGGCUGUGACCAUAUACUAAUAUAGGUGCAUCCAUAGUUUUUAACAAGAGACACUUUGGAAUUCAUUGUGAAUGUUACCGAGUUGUGCAUUGCUAAGGCAACAUUAUUGAUGGUAACACAAAAAUGUUUGUGGGAUAGGAAACAGGCAAUUGAUAAAUACCGGAAAGUAUACAAGGUACUCACUUUUACAUUCCAAGCCUUGCUCCUCUUCGGAAUUUGUUGAGAUUUCUGGAUGCUAUGGCAUUCGAGUUACUCCUGUUCUACCAUGGGGAUGAUAUCGAGAUGGAGGAUUGCCUAGUUGGUGGCUUUUGCUGCAAUUUACUCUCACAGGAAGAAAAUUUUAAUGUCUUUUCUCAUGCAGGGAACAUCUUAUGGCACUAUGCAAGCCAUUCCAGGGGUAUUUGUAACUUGCUCCUAAGCUUUUCCUGCAACAACAAAUUUUCAGCUUAGUAACUUACCGGUAGACAGGAUUUUGGAGCCAGAGCUUUUUUCUUCAUGUGAAAUGGACAUUGCAUCAGAUAAAACCAUAGCCUCUGCUAAUUGUUAGCUAACAAGCAAAAUGGAAACCAGGAUUGAGAAACAUCUCAAAAAGCAUACAAAGAUGUUGAACAGAGAGUAUACACAAAGGCAACCAUCUAGAGUUUAUGGGCAUACAGGGGUUCAAAUGUCAAUACAUAAUUUAUCAGUGCAUCUCCCGAGUGUUUCCUCUGUCAGGUGUAGUUUUCCCAUUCCCCUCCCCAUGCAUCAAAUAGGGUUCAAAACCUAAAACCAUUAUACAAAGAAAAAGAAUAAGUGAAAAGGCUUCAC